CCUCUCUCAGUCUCACGGUCUCAUUCUCAUCUCUCUCACGAUCUCGCCCGCCGUCCGUUCGUCGCCCUUCGCCGUCGACGCCGUCCGUCGUCGUUCGCCACACGAGGGUUUUACGCUUGGAGGCUAAGAGAUGGAAGACCCUGCAAAUCGUCGUCUCCCAGCAGAUGCUUUUCCAUUAUUCCAGGGAGGUAUCAAGUGUGUAUUAUCUCGUUGGUCAGCUCUUCAGUUGGCGGUGGAAAAUGAAUGGGGUGGUCGUGACUCGCUUCGUAAAUCGGAACUAUUGUGCUCCGAUAUUUUCACGUGGUUUACUCAAAACAAAGAGACCCUUUAUGUCGAUGAUUUAGAAAUUAUUCUCAACGAAGCUAUGCUUUCGUUGAAUACUGAGGUUGAUGAUGGUAGCAUCGAGGAGGUAGCUGACAAAAUGAUUGAUAUGUAUGAGGAUUGUUUGGAUGGUAACUAUGAAUCUAUUGAAAAUCUAAUGCAAUCCCAACCACCACGGGUUGCUCAUUCUCAUGUUAGUCAGGUUGUGAGUGACGAUGAAGAAGAGGAAGACGAUGAUGACGAUGCUAAAAAUGCAAGAGAUGCCAUGAGGAAUGAUGGUUCGUCAGAUAUGAUGGUGGAUGCCAUAGAAUACCAAUCUAAUUCUACUUCACAACCCAAGCGUGUCUAUCAGCCCAACCCAGAGGCUACAGCUGAAGCUGAAGAUGGAUGGGUUCAAGUCACGUCAAGGAGAAAUAGGGGUAAUAGAAAUUAGUUCCAACUUUUAAAUGUCUGCUAUUAAUCUAUUUUUAAUUAUACCAAAUUAAUCCCUUUACUCUUUUCUUAAUUCCUAGUACUUGGCAGUAGCCAUCAAUUUUGGUAGGUGUGAAGAUAUAUAAAGUACCAGUAUUCAGCUUGUGUUUGUUGAGAUCCUAGGGGCCAGUAUACCAUCAUUUUUUUAAGUGUCAA